UCGGCCACGUUUCGCGUGUAGAGGUCCCGCAGGGCGAGUUCUGAGAUGGCUGACGGCGGGAGCCCUGUGGCCCAGCUGUGCUCCGAGCAGUUCGGUUCCGGGGCGGCCCGGGGCUGCCUCGCCGCCGCCGACGGGAGCCUGCAGUGGGAGGCUUGGGGGUGGCGCUGCUGGGGGUUCUCUGGGCCCUUCACAGUAACACCCCGAGGACGGGACGGCGGCGCAGGGGGCACUCCCGGGGCCGCUUCACCGCCUCUCUCGGGGCUCACGGCCGUGUUCCUGCCGCAGGGCUUCCCCGAUAGCGUCAGCCCGGACUACCUGCCCUACCAGCUGUGGGAUUCCGUGCAGGCCUUUGCUUCCAGCCUCUCAGGCUCCCUGGCCACCCAUGCAGUCUUGCUGGGCAUAGGGGUGGGGAACGAAAAAGCUUCUGUUUCAGCUGCCACUGCCACCUGGUUGGUGAAAGAUUCAACUGGCAUGCUGGGCCGCAUCAUCUUUGCCUGGUGGAAGGGGAGUAAACUGGACUGCAAUGCCAAGCAGUGGAGGCUUUUUGCUGAUAUCCUCAACGAUGUAGCCAUGUUCCUCGAGAUUAUGGCUCCCAUAUAUCCAGUCUUUUUCACCAUGACCGUCUGUACCAGCAACCUGGCGAAGUGCAUUGUGAGCGUGGCUGGCGGGGCCACGCGGGCUGCCCUGACCAUGCACCAGGCCAGGAGAAACAACAUGGCUGAUGUGUCAGCCAAGGAUAGCAGCCAGGAGACACUGGUAAACCUGGCAGGGCUCCUGGUCAGCCUCUUGAUGCUUCCCCUGGUGUCAGCUUGCCCUAGCUUCAGCCUUGGUUGUUUCUUCUUCCUCACCGCCCUUCACAUCUACGCCAACUACCGGGCAGUCCGAGCCCUUGUCCUAGAGACCUUGAAUGAAGGCCGGCUCCGGCUGGUCCUGAAGCACUUCCUUCAGAGGGGAGAGGUACUUGGCCCCACCUCAGCUAAUCAGAUGGAGCCACUGUGGACAGGUUUUUGGCCGUCUCUGUCUCUAUCCCUGGGGGUCCCCCUACACCGCUUGAUCUCCAGUGUCUUUGAGCUGCAACAGCUGGUUGAGGGACACCAACAACCCUACCUCCUUCGCUGGGACCAGUCGCAAAACCAGGUGCAAGUCGUUUUGAGCCAGAUGGCAGGCCCUGAAACCAUCCUAAGGGCUGCCAUACACGGACUGGUGCUUGAAGCCCUGCAGGGAGAUGGGCCCCUCCCAAGAGAACUGGAGGAACUGAGGAACCUAGUACAGGCAGGCCCUGAGAAAGAGAGCUGGGUCAUCGUCAGGGAGACACACCGAGUGUUGGACACGCUAUUCCCAAAGUUCUUGAAAGGGGAAUUGCUGUGGCAGUUUGGCCAAGGCCUCAUGGGCUAUAACCGCCAGUCGGAUGGACAGGGGCCCCAGACAGAGACAAGGUGGAGAGAAGGGGAACCAGGGCCUACCCCCCCACUCCUGCUCCUGCCGUUCUCCCUUCUCACCACUGCAGGCUCCUCACGCCCAUUCAUUGUGAGGCUGAGCCCUGUCCUGGCUGUGGCUCAUGGUGUCCAACAGGGUUCGCCUCAGGCAUAAAAGCCCCAGAGGAACGUGGCCACAGCCAUCAUUAGCAGGGCAUUGAAGUUGACCACACGGGCCCAGCUCGAGUCCUCGCUGAUGUCCUCCAGCCGCCUGGCUGCGGCAGCCACCUCCUCCUGGGUAGGGGCAGCGGGGCUACCGGCCCCAGCCCCGCUCAUUCCACAGAACCAGAGCAGGCACCUGCGGACCAGGCCUGGAGCUGGGGACUGGGGCUCUAGGAAAAAUUGACACUGUACAGUUAGUUUCAGGGGACCUUGGCUCCCCUAGUCCCUAGCUGCACCUCCCGAAGUAGCGCCUUACCCUCCAUGUCCACUGCACGCUCCGGACACCCAUUCUGGAUGGGGGGGGAGGCGGGACCUUCCGGCUCAUCAGCAUCCAGGUCCUCUCGCUCCUCCUUGCUGUGCCGCAGACUGAAAACCAGGCGGUGGAGCUGGGGAAGGGGGCAGGGACCAAGUGAGAGUGCUGCUCCCCCACCCGGGACCCUCAAGUCUCUUGUCCUCCCGGUACUCUCUCAGCUCCCUCUGUCCGCCCUGUACACACAGUUCAGACUCCGUUCACUCAAACCCGACCUUCCAUGGCUGCCCUUUGCCCUCUUCAACUGUGUCUUUAAAGCUCUUGGCCCCGGUCAGCCCUGCUUCAUUACCCCAAGUCCCUGUCUACACUCAAAUUAUAGUCCUUUAGACGCCAGUCUUCUAGUCCUGCUAACAGUGUUCCUUCCUGUGGAUAUUUGUUCACAGAGUUUCCUCCUGCUCCCUUUCCCCGCUCCUCCACCCGUGCAGCCCCGCCCAUCCUGCCCAGCUCCUCUGUCCUGGCCCCAAUCCGCCCUGCUCUGGGGCCCCUCCCCUGCAGCAGUACAAGACCAAACCCUUCUGUGGGCCUUCAGGAUAGUACUCUGUCCCUCUCAGCCACCAAUCAGAUCUGUGGUCUGAGUCCCAGGGGCCAUUCCAAGGACUUUGGGGGGCUUUCAUCACCUCCCCCACAGUCUUCAAGCCACCUCCCCGCCCCCCCCCGAAUACCUCAAAUAAAUGUCAU